AUGUUUGACGGCGAAGCCUCGACGCCGGGUCCUAGCCCCCGCAAUGCCAUAGAUUUUCUCACCGUGGUGCAGCAAUUAAAGCUCACCAAGCGAACAGGAUGGGUCAAGCGGGGCGUCAAGGGCCCAGAAAGCAUCGCGGAUCACAUGUACAGGAUGGGGGUAAUGUCCCUCCUCCUCUCUGGAACAGGGUAUGACUACAACAGGUGCAUGAGACUCGCACUGGUGCACGACAUCGCUGAGAGCCUGGUGGGAGACAUCACACCAACCUGCGGCGUUUCUGAUGAGGAGAAGCACGCUUUAGAAAGUGCUGGUAUCCAGAAACUCAAGGCCAUGCUCGGGGGAGGGCCGGCGGCUGACGAGAUGGAGGAGCUGUGGAGGGAGUACGAGGCAGGGGAGUCCACCGAGGCCGCGUUGGUCAAGGACUUUGACAAGUUGGAGAUGAUCCUGCAGGCGCAAGAGUACGAGGCAGGGCAGGGCAUGGUCCUCCAGGAGUUCUUCGACUCCACCGCCGGCAAGUGGCGGACCGGCCUGGGCCGGACCUGGGCGGCGGAGAUCGCGUCCCGCCGGCCGGGUGCCGCCGCUCAGGAAGAUUAG